AUGACGUCUAUCUUAUCUGAUAUUGAUUCUACUCCAUUGAAGGUUCUAGUUGGUGCCAGUUUGGUUGUUGGUGCGUGCAAGCUCACUACUACCACCCUCAGCUACUUGGCUCUACUGUUUGAUCUAUUCCUGUUGCCAGCUGUUGAUUUCAAAAAAUACGGUUCCAAAAAAGGAUGUUGGGCAUUGAUCACAGGGGCAUCUGACGGUAUCGGAAAAGAGUAUGCCAAGCAAUUGGCGAAAAAAGGUCUAAACAUUGUUCUUGUUUCUCGUACUCAAUCCAAACUUGAAUCCCUGGCAACUGAACUGGAAGCUCAGUAUAAAGUUCAAACCAAGGUGGUGGCUUUCGAUGCCUCCGUGGACUCCCCUUCCAACUAUAUCGCUAUUGGGAAAGCCAUUGAGGGAUUGCCUGUGAGUGUCUUGAUCAACAACGUUGGCCAAUCGCACUCAAUUCCAGUUCCAUUCUUGGAGACUGAAGAGAAGGAAUUAACAGACAUCGUGACCAUCAACAACCUGGUAACCUUGAAGAUCACCCAAGCCGUGGUUCCAACCAUUGUGAACUCUGUCAAAACCAAGGCCUCGUCCAGAGGAUUGGUACUGACUAUGGGCUCCUUUGGUGGUUUACUUCCAACACCAUAUCUUGCUACCUAUUCGGGUUCAAAGGCUUUCUUGCAAAGUUGGUCCAACGCUUUGGCCGGUGAGCUCAAAUCGUCCAAAGUAGACGUUGAACUGGUUAUCUCAUACCUCGUCACAUCUGCCAUGUCGAAAAUUAGACGCUCAUCUCUGUCUAUUCCUACUCCCAAGGUGUUUGUUGCAUCGGUGCUGAAGAAUGUAGGACGCAGAUGUGGUGCCCAGGAGAGAUAUGCUACUUCCACUCCGUACCCAAUUCACGCCUUGAUGCACUGGUGGAUUGAGAACACGGUCGGGGUCUACAGUAAAGUUGCCAACACCUUGAAUCUGAACAUGCACAAAUCUAUCAGAAUCAGAGCCUUGAAGAAGGCUGCCAGAAACCAGAAGAAAGAAUAA